AUGGUAAUGAAUGCCGUUACGAGGAGACUGACGGUGUUGUGCUCGAGCCGCCCACUUGCGGCAACUCUCAUCAUAUCACUUUUCGGCAUUCUGGUAAAUCUCCUCUUUGUAUACCUGCUGCGCUACUUCCGCCCCACCGACCGGAGCAGACAUCACAGGCAUACACACAGCAGCUCUAGAAAAGAGCACAAAAAGGGGAGGAGCGGAGAGUCUAGGAAGUCCGUACCCAACGUGCUCCUUCUACUCGGCAUCCCUGGAAGUGGGAAGACAACAUGGGCCGAGCAAUACCUCGAGCGGUGUGACCACUCGUACGCCAUCGUCAGCGUGGACGAGACGCGAAUGAGUCUCACCGGUAGGGCUGAUGACAUCUCUAAAGAAGAGGAGGUGUGUGAGGCUAUGAUUCGUGAGGUGGUUGAUCACAUUAAGAAUCGGCAAAACAUUAUCGUUGAUGGCGGUGUGCACGCCAUGGACGAAGCGUUCCGCCGCCGUCUCAUGGAUGCGGCGUCAUCAUGCAAUAGGAUGGUAAAGGACUUCCCCAUUAAGGCGCUCUUCGCGCGCGCACGCCUGUCAAAGGAUGCGGAGGAAGGCAAGGUUCGGUACUACCCUUCCGAAAUAGAACUGGACGAGCUGGAAGUGAUUUUCAACAAGGCACAGGCGCGCAUUAAGGAGGAGGGAUGGAAGCCGCUCCUGGAGUCUGCACAUUCGCGCUCAAGGAGGGCAUGA